GCUGUUUACGCGCACACACGGAGCGCGUUGGAGCAUCGGUGUGCGCGUCUCUAUGGCUGCUGUAGCUGGACACUGAGCGCUCAUCUGCGGCCAUGGCUGAAGGCGGAGACGCGGAGGAUGAGAUCCAGUUCCUGCGGACUGAUGAUGAGGUGGUUCUGCAGUGUGUGGCGUCUAUUCAGAAAGAAAACCGAAAGUUCUGCUUGAGCGCUGAGGGUUUGGGAAACCGACUCUGUUACCUGGAGCCCACCUCUGAAGCUAAGUAUUAUCCUCCAGAUGUGUGUAUCUGUAGUUUUGUACUGGAACAGUCUCUCUCUGUACGAGCGCUACAGGAGAUGCUCGCCAAAACCGGACAAAACAAUGAUCAGUUCAUUAGAAAGGGAGCUCACAGUGCAGGACACAGAACCGUACUGUACGGUCACGCUAUUCUUCUCAGACACUCCUUUAGUGAAAUGUAUCUGACCUGUUUGAAGACAUCAAGAUCUUUGACAGAUAAAUUGUCUUUUGACGUCGGACUGCAAGAGGAUUCGAUAGGUGAAGCCUGCUGGUGGACCAUUCAUCCCGCUUCCAAACAGAGAUCUGAGGGAGAGAAAGUUCGGAUUGGUGAUGAUCUCAUUCUUGUCAGUGUUUCAUCUGAACGCUAUCUUCAUCUGUCCAUAUCCAAUGGGAACGUCCAGGUGGACGCAUCAUUUAUGCAGACGCUUUGGAACGUUCAUCCCAUCUGUUCAGGAAGCAGUGUUGAAGAAGGAUACCUUCUUGGUGGUCAUGUGAUGCGUCUGUUUCAUGGUCACGAUGAGGUUUUGACCAUCCCAGGGUCAGAUCAGAGUGAAGAAGAACAGAGGAUUGUGAACUAUGAGACGGGGAAGGCCGGAGCUAAAGCUCGAUCUCUGUGGAGACUGGAGCCGUUACGCAUCAGUUGGUGUGGCAGUCACAUUCGCUGGGGUCAACCCUUUCGUCUGCGUCACCUCACCACCGGUCACUAUCUGGCUCUUACUGAGGACAGAGGGGUCGUUCUGCAGGACCGCCAGAAAUCCGACACCAAGUCGACUGCGUUCUGUCUGCGAGCAUCAAAGGAGAAGCUGGACUGCAGUAUAAAGCGUGAUGUUGAGGGAAUGGGGGUGGCGGAGAUCAAAUAUGGAGAUUCUUUGUGUUUUGUGAUGCAUGUGGCGACGAGUCUGUGGCUGACCUAUCAAGCGCCUGAUGUCAAAUCAACUCGACUGGGUCCUCUUAAACGACGAGUCUGUUUUCAUUCAGAAGGACAUAUGGAUGAUGGGCUGACAUUACAGCGCUGUCAACAUGAAGAGUCGAGAGCUGCACGAAUUAUUCGCAACACCACACGACUCUUUAGUACCUUCAUCAGAGAUCUUGACAGUUUGAGUGGAAAGAACCGUGUGUCUGUGGUUCUGCCCAGUGAUGAGGUUCUCCAGACACUUAAAGAUCUGAUCAUAUACUUCAGACUGCCUGACGCUGAGCUGGAACAUGAGAAGAAACAAAUACAACUACGAUCGCUGAAGAACCGACAGAAUCUCUUCAAACAGGAGGGUAUGUUGUCUCUGGUGUCUGACUGCAUCGAUCGCUUGAGCGUUUAUAACAGUGCUGCUCAUUUUGGUGAAUAUGCUGGAGAAGAUGCUGGCGCUGCAUGGAAAGACAUUCUCAACCUGCUUUAUGAGCUGCUGGCUUCUCUCAUCCGUGGAAACAGGAAUAAUUGUACCCAGUUUUCCCAGAAUCUGGAUUGGUUGGUCAGUAAACUGGAGAGAUUGGAGUCAUCUUCAGGGAUCUUGGAGGUCCUUCACUGUAUUCUCACGGAGAGUCCUGAAGCGCUGAACAUCAUUCAGAGAGGACACAUCAAGACCAUCAUCUCUCUGCUUUACAAACAUGGACGAAAUCACAAGAUUUUAGAUGUUCUCUGCUCUCUGUGUGUCUGUAAUGGAGUCGCCGUGAGAGCCAAUCAGAACCUCAUCUGUGAUCAUCUGCUGUCCAGACGAGAUCUUCUUCUACAGACACGAUUGGUCAAUGAUGUCCAGAGCAUGCGGCCCAACAUCUCUGUAGGAGUAAGUGAAGGUUCGGCUCAGUACAGAAGAUGGUACUUUGAGUUGAUGAUUGAUCAGGUGGAUCAUUUCAUGACCGGUGAGCCCUCGCACCUGCGGGUGGGUUGGGCGUCCACUAAAGGUUACGCUCCGUACCCGGGAGGAGGAGAAGGUUGGGGCGCUAACGGAGUUGGAGAUGAUCUGUACUCUUAUGGCUUUGAUGGACUCCACCUGUGGUCAGGGCGAAUACCCCGUACGGUGGCAUCUGUGAAGCAGCAUUUGUUGACGUCUGAUGAUGUGGUCAGCUGCUGUAUGGAUCUGAACGCUCCCAGUAUCUCCUUCAGGAUCAAUGGUCAGCCGGUUCAGGGAAUGUUUGAGAACUUCAACACUGAUGGACUGUUUUUCCCUGUGGUCAGCUUCUCAGCUGGUGUCAAGGUGCGAUUCCUGUUAGGUGGUCGUCAUGGAGAUUUUAAGUUCCUACCGCCGACCGGUUAUGCGCCGUGUUAUGAGGCUCUGCUGCCCAAAGAGAAGAUGAGGGUGGAGCCAGUGAAGGAAUACAAGCGAGAUGUGGGUGGAGUCAGAGAUUUACUGGGAAACACUUAUUUCACAUCACAAGCCUCAUUUAUACCUAAACCUGUGGACACAUCUCAGAUCGUAAUGCCUCCUCACCUGGAGAAAGUUCGAGAUCGAUUGGCUGAAAACAUUCAUGAGCUGUGGGGUAUGAACAAGAUUGAAGUGGGCUGGUCAUACGGGAAGAUCAGAGAGGAUAAUAAACGACAACAUCCCUGUCUGGUGGAUUUCUCCAAACUACCAGAAACUGAAAAGAGUUACAACAUACAGAUGUCAACAGAAACACUCAAGACUCUUCUGGCUUUAGGUUGUCAUGUUGUUCAGAUGAAGGUCAAUGCUGAGGAAGACCUGAAAAAGCUCAAGCUGCCUAAGAACUACAUGAUGUCUAAUGGUUAUAAACCAGCACCACUGGAUCUGUCUGAUGUUAAACUGACUCCAGGUCAGGAGCUGCUGGUGGAUAAACUGGCAGAAAAUGCUCAUAAUGUUUGGGCUAAAGAUCGCAUUAAACAGGGUUGGACGUACGGCAUACAGCAGGAUGUGAAGAAUAAACGAAAUCCUCGUCUGGUGCCGUACGCUUUACUCGACGAGCGAACCAAGAAGUCAAACCGUGACAGUCUCCGGGAAGCCAUCCGAACUCUGACUGGAUAUGGAUACAGCGUUGAGCCACCUGACCAAGAUAUCGCAGGUCACGUGAUGGAGAGGUUGAGCAUUGAUAAGAUCCGGUUCUUCCGCGUGGAGCGCACGUAUGCGGUGAGGACAGGGAAGUGGUAUUUUGAAUUUGAGACAGUGACGGGUGGAGACAUGCGAGUGGGUUGGGCUCGGCCCGGCUGUAAGCCUGAUGUUGAACUGGGAUCAGAUGAUCAAGCAUACGUCUUUGAUGGACAUCGAGGUCAUCGGCUCCACGUGGGCAGUCGGCUCUUUGGUCGCUGUUGGCAUUCGGGUGAUGUGGUGGGCUGUAUGAUCAACAUGGAGGACAAAUCCAUGAUCUUCACCCUCAACGGUGAAAUUCUGAUCACUAACAAGGGCUCUGAACUCUGUUUCACUGACUUUGAGAUUGAUGAUGGUUUUAUUCCUGUAUGCAGUUUAGGACUUUCUCAGGUUGGCCGUAUGAAUCUGGGCAAAGAUGCCAGCUCUUUUAAAUACUACACCAUGUGUGGUCUGCAGGAGGGCUUUGAACCAUUCGCUGUCAAUAUGAAUCGUGAAGUGACCAUGUGGUUCAGUAAACGUCUGCCUACCUUCUUUAAUGUGCCAAAAGACCACAGUCACAUCAAGGUCACCAGGAUUGACGGCACUAUCGACAGUCCUCCGUGUCUGAAGGUCACUCAUAAGACGUUUGGUACUCAGAAGAACAGUAACACAGACAUGGUGUUCAGUAGACUCAGUAUGCCUGUAGAGUUUCACAACAUCUUCAGAAGCUCCUUCACUCAUGUCAAUGGAGUUUAUAAUGAGGAGGAACCGGUGAAGCUGAGACACAGGCAUCAAGUGAAGUCAAAACACUCAGAGGAGAUCAGAAGAAUCGACUACAGCAACAUUACCACGUAUUAUCAUUCAGUCCGAAUAUUCGCCGGUCAGGAUCCGGCCUGCGUAUGGGUCGGUUGGGUCACACCUGACUAUCAUUACUAUAGCAACAACUUUAAUCUGAGCAAGAACCGAACUGUGACGGUUACCCUCGGAGACGAACGGGGACGCGUGCACGAGAGCGUGAAGAGGAGCAACUGCUACAUGAUUUGGUGUGGAGAUGUCGGCAGCAUCACACAAACCGCCAGCAGAAGUAAUGUGGAUUUAGAGAUCGGAUGUCUUAUCGAUGUGGCCACCGGUCUGUUGACCUUCACUGUCAAUGGCAAAGAGCUUCCCACCUCAUACCAGGUUGAGCCGUGCACAAAACUAUUUCCUGCUGUGUUUGUGCGGCCUACAAGCUCCAGUCUGUUCCAGUUUGAAUUGGGCAAAAUUAAGAACGCCAUGCCCUUAUCAUCAGUGAUGUUCAAGAGUGAGCACAAGAACCCGGUUCCUCAGUGCCCACCGCGUCUGGACAUCCAGAUCAUCAACUCGGUGCUGUGGAGCCGAAUGCCCAACAUAUUCCUGAAGGUAGAGACGGUUCGGGUCAGCGAGAGACACGGAUGGAUGCUCCAGUGUCUGGAACCGCUGCAGAUGCUCGCCGUACACAUUCCAGAGGAGAACCGGUGUGUGGACAUCAUGGAGUUGUCAGAGCAGGAAGAACUGCGUACGUUCCACUAUCACACGCUGAAGCUUUACUGCGCUCUGUGCGCUCACGGCAACACGCGUGUCGCUCACGCACUCUGCAGCCACCUCGACCAAUCGCAGCUCCUGUACACCAUCGACAACCAAUACCUGUCCGGCAUGCUGCGCGAGGGCUUUUACGACGUCCUGAUCAGCGUUCAUUUGGAGACGGCACGAGCCGCUCGCCUCAUGAUGAACAACGAGUUCAUUAUUCCCGUCACGGCGGAAACGCGCGGCAUCCGCCUCUUUCCCGACGCUUCCAAACGCCACCGGCCUCCGGGCGUGGGUCUCGGCACGACGCUCAAAUCCAAACUCAACUUCGCUCCUCCCUGUUUUAUCGGCACCAAACGAAACCAGCACCUGUACAGCCCUGAGAUCCCUCUGGACGUGCUGAAGGAGAAGGCCAUCAGUAUGUUGACCGAGGCCGUCCAGGGUGGUGGAGAUCACAUCAGAGACCCUGUAGGAGGAAGCGUGGAGUAUCAGUUCGUCCCCAUCCUGAGACUCAUCAGUACGCUGCUCACGAUGGGCGUCCUGACCGGACGGGACGUUCGCAAAAUCUUACUGCUGAUCGAACCCGACGUGUUUGGAGAACGCAAGGAGGAGGGUUUGAGAGAGACCACGGUGAAGGAAGGUCUGACAGGAGCUGAGAAGAAGACUGUGGAGACUGGAGAGGAAGAACCUGUGGAGAGUAAAGCUCUCGCUAGAGGCCUCUUAGAGAAGAAAUUACCCGAGUGUGUCAAACGUCAGAUGUGCGACCUCCUUCAUUAUUUCUGCGACUGUGAGUUGAGACACAGGGUUGAAUCUAUCGUCUCGUUCUCUGAUGGUUUCGUUUCUAAGCUGCAACACAACCAGAAGUUUCGUUAUAAUGAACUGAUGCUCGCGCUCAACAUGUCCGCUGCCGUCACAGCCAAAAAGACCAAAGAGUUUCGCUCUCCUCCACAAGAACAGAUUAACAUGCUGUUGAAUUUUGAUCUGGGUGAAGGCUGUCCGUGCCCUGAGGACAUACAGGAGGAGCUUUAUGACUUCCACAGUGAACUACGGCUACACUGCGGUAUUCCAGCAGAGGAACCUGAGGAACAUCAGGACACAUCUAUUAAAGGCCGACUGCUCGCCCUCAUCUAUAAGAUCAAAGGUCAACCACAGAAAUCUGAGACACAGCCCAGAGAAAAAGAGCAAACCGCACCAUCGAAUCUAAAGGAGCUGAUCUCUCAGACAAUGGUAAGCUGGGCUCAGGAGACACACAUUCAGGAUCCAGAUCUGGUUCUGGUUAUGUUCAGUCUAUUGAGACGACAGUACGACAGCAUCGGUGAACUGCUGAGAGCCAUGAGGAAAACUUACACCAUCAGCGCCGCCUCUGUGAACGACACCAUCCACCUGCUGGCAUCACUGGGACAGAUCCGAUCGCUGCUCAGUGUCCGUAUGGGAAAAGAGGAGGAGCAACUGAUGAUUGACGGACUGAGUGACAUCAUGAAUAACAAGGUCUUCUACCAGCACCCAAACCUGAUGAGGAUUCUGGGCAUGCAUGAGACUGUGAUGGAGGUGAUGGUAAAUGUGCUUGGUGGAGGAAAAUCACAGGAAAUCGCUUUUCCUAAAAUGGUGGCGAGUUGUUGUCGAUUUCUCUGCUACUUUUGUCGAAUCAGUCGUGAGAAUCAGAAGGCCAUGUUUGAUCAUCUGAGUUAUCUGCUGGAGAACAGUAGUGUGGGUUUGGCGUCUCCAUCCAUGAGAGGAUCCACACCUUUAGAUGUGGCGGCUUCAUCUGUGAUGGAUAAUAACAGUCUGGCCCUGGCACUGGAGGAACCUGAUCUGGAUAAAGUGGUGACGUAUUUAGCCGGCUGUGGACUGCAGAGUUGUUCGAUGCUCGUAGCCAAAGGAUAUCCAGAUAUUGGCUGGAACCCUAUAGAGGGCGAACGCUACCUUUCCUUCCUGCGAUUCGCUGUGUUUGUCAACGGGGAGAGCGUAGAGGAAAACUCCAGUGUGGUCGUCAAGCUUCUUAUUCGCCGGCCCGAGUGUUUUGGCCCCGCCCUACGAGGAGAGGGUGGAAACGGGCUGCUGGCUGCCAUGAAAGAAGCCAUUAAGAUCUCUGAGAAGCCAGCGCUCGAUCUGCCCUGCACAGGCCCGGGUCACACAUCUGACACGUCCACUGAAGGUGAGGAAGAGGAGGAGGUCGUUCACAUGGGAAACGCUAUCAUGUCUUUCUACUCGGCUCUGAUCGACCUGCUGGGCCGUUGCGCUCCUGAGAUGCACUUGAUCAAUAAAGGUAAAGGUGAAGCUUUGAGGAUUCGUGCUAUUCUGCAAUCUCUUGUACCCAUUGAGGACCUGGUUGGCAUCAUUAGCAUCUCUUUGAAAAUGCCUGUGCUUAAUAAAGAUGGAAGUGUGACAGAGCCCGAUGUGUCUGCCAGUUUCUGUCCGGACCACAAGGCUCCUAUGGUGUUGUUUUUGGACCGUGUGUAUGGUAUAGAGGAUCAGAGUUUCCUCUUGCAUCUGUUAGAGGUGGGCUUUCUGCCUGACCUGACGGCCGCUGCUUCACUCGACACAGAAGCUCUCAGGACUACUGAAACGGCUCUGGCUAUGAACAGAUAUAUUGGUUCUGCCAUGUUGCCUCUGCUUACACGCUGCGCUCCGCACUUCACCGGUACCGAGCAUCACGCGUCUCUGGUCGACUCAACGCUCUACACCAUCUACAGGCUCUCCAAAGGCUGUUCACUUACUAAAGCCCAGCGAGAUGCCAUAGAAGAGUGUUUACUGGCCAUCUGCAGGUAUCUCAGACCCUCCAUGUUGCAGCCUCUGUUACGUCGGCUGGUGUUUGAUGUGCCGUUGUUGUCAGAAUACUGUAAGAUGCCUCUGAAGCUCUUAUCCAAUCACUAUGAGCAGAACUGGAAGUAUUACUGUCUCCCGUCUGGCUGGGGUGGACACGGCUCACCGUCUGAUGAAGAACUUCUGCUCACCAAGAAGAUCUUCUGGGGUAUCUUUGAUUCACUCGCUCAGAAGAUGUACGACCAGGACCUUUUUAAAAUGGCCAUGCCGUGUCUGAGUGCCAUCGCUGGAGCUCUUCCACCCGACUACAUCGACCCAUCGCUCGGCACAACGCUAGAGAAACACGAGUCUAUCGAUGCACAGGGCAACUUUGACCCCAAACCCAUUAACACGUCAAACAUCUGUCUGCCAGAGAAACUGGAAUACAUCGCCAACAGAUACGCUGAACAUUCCCAUGAGAAAUGGGCUGCAGAGAAGGUCAGUCUGGGCUGGAAAUAUGGAGAGAACAUAGAUGACAAAUCCAAAACCCACCCAACGCUGAGGUCCUACAAAUGUCUAACAGAGAAGGAGAAAGAGACGUAUCGCUGGACCGUGAGAGAAUCAUUAAAGACGAUGUUAGCUAUGGGCUGGACUAUUGACAGGACCAAAGAUGGAGAAAUAAUGUUUCAGCUGAGAGAGAUUGAGAAGAUGAGGAGGACUUCACAGGCAUCUCAGGGUAGUGGCUUCAGCCCAACACCGCUGGACAUGAGCAAUGUGAUGCUCUCACGAGAGCUCCAGUCGAUGGUGGACGUUCUGGCUGAAAACUAUCACAACAUCUGGGCCAAGAAAAAGAAGACUGACCUGGCAAGCAAAGGUGGGACUCAUCCUCUGCUCGUACCGUAUGACACGCUUACGGCUAAAGAGAAAGUCCGAGAUCGUGAGAAAGCUCAGGAUCUGUUUCGAUUCCUCCAGGUCAACGGAUAUUCCAUCAGCAGAGGUUUGAAGGACAUGGAGCACGACUCUUCCUCAAUGGAGAAACGCUUUGCGUACAAAUUUCUCAAGAAGUUGCUGAAAUAUGUGGAUUGUGCACAGGAGUUUAUCGCUCACCUCGAGGUGAUGGCCAGCAGUGGACAGAACAACAGAUCUCCACAUGAACAAGAGAUCAAAUUCUUUGCUAAGGUUCUCCUGCCUCUUAUAGAUCAAUACUUCAAAAACCAUUCGCUUUACUUUCUGUCAUCAGUCACAAAGACUCUGAGCAGCAGUGGAUACGCGUCUAAUAAAGAGAAAGAGAUGGUCACCAGUCUCUUCUGUAAGCUGGCCGCUCUGGUUAGACACCGGAUCUCUCUGUUUGGAAGUGACUCUACGACUAUGGUCAGCUGUCUUCUCAUCCUGGCACACACGUUAGACACCAGGACUGUGAUGAAAUCAGGAUCUGAUCUGGUUAAAGCGGGUUUGAGAACGCUCUUUGACAAUGCAGCAGAAGAUCUGGAGAAGACCCUGGAGAACCUGAAGUUGGGGAAGUUCACUCACUCUCGCAGUCAGAUGAAAGGAGUUUCACAGAACAUCAACUACACGACCGUCGCUCUUCUUCCCAUCCUCACGGCACUGUUUGAACACAUCACAGAGCAUCAGUUUGGAUCUGAUCUGCUGUUGGAUGAUGUGCAGGUGUCGUGUUAUCGAAUCCUGUCCAGUUUAUACUCAUUGGGAACUGGAAAAAACAUCUAUGUGGAGCGGCAGUUGCCAGCGUUGGGUGAGUGUUUGGCGACUCUGGCUGGUGUUAUGCCUGUGGCGUUUCUAGAACCCCAGCUGAACAAACACAACAUCUACUCUGUGUUUAACACAAAGACAUCUCGUGAACGGGCCGUUGCAGGAAUGCCGGAGCGUGUGGAAGACAUGUGUCCUGAGGUCCCUCAUCUAGACGGUCUGAUGAAGGACAUUAAUGACAUGUCUGAGUCUGGUGCUCGAUACACAGAGAUGCCUCAUGUCAUCGAGGUGAUCCUGCCCAUGCUCUGUAACUAUCUCUCUUACUGGUGGGAGAAAGGACCGGAGAGCAAAGCGUCUGUCUGCUGCACCACGGUCACCUCAGAACAUCUCAGCAUCAUUCUGGGAAACAUCUUGAAGAUCCUCAACAGUAAUCUGGGGAUCGAUGAGGCGUCCUGGAUGAAACGUAUUGCAGUUUACGCUCAGCCCAUCAUCAGCAAAGCUCGAGCAGAUCUGCUGAAAACACAUUUUCUACCCACGCUGGAGAAACUGAAGAAGAAGACGGUGAAGGUUGUGACGGAGGAGGAGCUUCUGAAGGCCGACAGCAAGGGUGACACCCAGGAGGCGGAGCUUCUGAUUCUUGAUGAGUUUGCUGUACUGUGCAGAGAUCUGUACGCUUUCUACCCUAUGCUCAUCCGUUAUGUAGACAACAACAGGUCUCGCUGGUUAAAGGAACCUGACGCUGAUUCAAAUGAACUUUUUAAGAUGGUGGCAGAAAUCUUCAUCCUGUGGUGUAAAUCACACAAUUUUAAGAGGGAGGAGCAGAACUUUGUGGUACAGAAUGAGAUUAACAAUCUCUCAUUUCUCACUGGUGACAGUAAAACCAAGAUAUCAAAGCCGUAUCUGCAGAAGUCUGGAGGUCAGGAUCAGGAACGUAAACACAAGAAGCGUCGAGGAGACUUUUAUUCUAUCCAGACGUCUCUGAUUGUGGCAGCGUUGAAGAAGAUGCUGCCCAUUGGUUUGAACAUGUGCACACCGGGAGAUCAAGAGCUCAUCCUGCUGGCCAAGACCCGACACAGCCUGAAGGACACAGAUGAGGAGGUGAAGGAACACAUCAGACAGAAUCUACACCUGCAGGAGAAGUCUGAUGAUCCUGCUGUACGCUGGCAACUAAAUCUUUAUAAAGACGUGAUUGUGAAGAAUGAAGAACCUCCAGACCCCGAGAGAACUGUCGAGCGGAUCCACCGCAUCUCAGCAGCGGUGUUUCACCUGGAGCAGGUCGAACAGCCGUUGAGAUCUAAGAAAUGUGUUUGGCAGAAGUUGUUGUCUAAACAGAGGAAGCGAGCUGUAGUUGCGUGUUUUAGAAUGGCACCUCUGUACAACCUGCCCAGGCAUCGCUCUAUUAAUCUCUUCCUCAUGGCCUAUCAGCGCCUCUGGAUAGAGGCCGAGACUUACUCGUUUGAAGAGAAACUAGUACAGGAUCUGUCUAGGACACAGCCAAAGACUGAUGAUGAGGAAGAGGAGAUCAGAGACAUUCAACCAGAUCCUCUUCAUCAACUCAUACUGCAUUUCAGUCAUAACGCACUGACAGAGAGCAGUUCUGUAGAGGAUGAUCGUCUGUACGUGGCUUAUGCAGACAUGAUGGCUAAGAGCUGUGCUGAGAAUGAAGAUGAUGAGGACGCUGCUAAAGAGAAAACAUUUGAGGAAAAGGAGAUGGAGAAGCAGAAGACUCUCUAUCAGCAAGCUCGACUCCAUGACAGAGGAGCGGCAGAGAUGGUGCUGCAGAUGAUCAGUGCUAGUAAAGGGCGUUUGGGUUCGAUGGUCACGUUCACACUCAAACUUGGCAUCUCUGUUCUCAAUGGAGGAAACGUGUUAGUUCAGCAGAAAAUGUUGGACUAUCUGAAGGAGAAACGAGAUGUUGGAUUCUUCAAGAGUUUGUCUGGACUCAUGCAGUCGUGCAGUGUUCUGGAUCUGAACGCUUUCGAGCGUCAGAAUAAAGCUGAAGGUUUGGGGAUGGUCACUGAAGAAGGUUCCAUCAACAUGAGAGAACGGGGGUCUAAAGUUCUUCAGAAUGAUGAGUUCACUAAAGAUCUUUUCAGGUUUCUUCAGCUGCUGUGUGAAGGACAUAAUAACGAUUUUCAGAACUUCUUGAGAACCCAAACGGGCAACACGACCACAGUUAAUAUCAUCAUAAGUACGGUGGAUUAUCUGCUCAGACUACAGGAAUCUAUCAGUGAUUUUUACUGGUAUUACUCUGGUAAAGAUGUGAUGGAUGAGGCCGGUCAGCGUAAUUUCUCUAAAGCUCUUGCUGUAGCUAAACAGAUCUUUAAUUCUCUGACUGAAUACAUUCAGGGUCCGUGUGUUGGGAAUCAGCAGAGUUUAGCUCACAGCCGACUCUGGGAUGCAGUUGUUGGAUUUCUUCAUGUGUUUGCUAACAUGCAGAUGAAGUUGUCACAGGACUCCAGUCAGAUCGAGCUGUUGAAGGAGCUGAUGGACCUACAGAAGGACAUGAUCGUAAUGAUGUUAUCUCUAUUGGAAGGUAAUGUUGUGAACGGGACUAUCGGCAAACAGAUGGUAGAUACUCUUGUGGAGUCCUCCAGCAAUGUGGAGAUGAUCCUGAAGUUCUUUGACAUGUUCCUCAAGCUGAAAGAUUUGACCACCUCUGACGGCUUCAAAAAGCACGACCCCGACAGGAAAGGAGUCAUCUCCAAGAAGGAGUUUCAGAAGUCCAUGGAGAACCAGAAGCAGUACUCGCAGUCCGAGAUCGAGUUCCUGCUGUCCUGCUCGGAGGCGGACGAGAACGACAUGUUCGACUACGAGGAGUUCGUGAAGCGCUUCCACGAACCGGCCAAGGACAUCGGCUUCAACAUGGCGGUUCUCCUCACCAACUUAUCGGAGCACAUGCCCCACGACGGCCGUCUGGCCACGUUCUUGAAUUUAGCCGAAAGCAUCCUGAACUACUUCGAGCCGUACCUGGGCCGCAUCGAGAUCAUGGGCGGAGCCAAGAGAAUCGAGCGGGUUUACUUUGAGAUCAGCGAGUCCAGCAGAACCCAGUGGGAAAAGCCGCAGGUCAAAGAGUCCAAACGACAGUUCAUCUUUGAUGUCGUCAACGAGGGUGGAGAAUCUGAGAAGAUGGAGCUGUUUGUGAACUUCUGCGAGGACACCAUCUUUGAGAUGCAACUGGCGUCUCUGAUCUCCGAGCCCGACGCUGCGGAGAAGCCGGAGGAAGAUGACGAUGCACAAAGUGUGGCUGAGAAUCAAGAGGAAGACGAUGGUGCUUUGGAGUCUUCUUCGGCCUUCUCUCUGGCCUGCGUCUCGACGAGGAAGAGUCUUUCCAACCUCCGACAGAUGUUGACGCUUAAAAGCAUAAAGCGGCAGUAUCGAAAGUUGAGGAAAAUGAGCGUGAAGGAGAUGAUCCGAGCGUACUUCUACUUUUUCUGGAUGAUCUUUAUCGGCAUGUUCCGGUUUCUCUACAACCUGGUGUGGGGCUUCUUUCACGUCCUGUGGUCCACCUUGUUUGGCGGAGGUCUCGUGGAGGGAGCCAAGAACAUGAAAGUGACCGAUAUUCUGGGGAACAUGCCCGAUCCCACGCAGUUCGGGAUCCACGGAGACGUCCUGGAGAUGGAGAAGCUGGAGUACUUUGAUGCAUCUUCUGUGGCCGAGCUCAGACACGCAGCUGCCGGAGAGCAGGAGGAACUGGACCUCAUGUCGGAGCUGAUGAACGUUCAGCCCAGGAGAGAAGGAGGCAAACACGGGAUGGAGCCGGGCCUGGGAGAUGUGUCUGAGGUUGUGGGAGUGGACGCUCCUUCUUUAGCCAGCGCCGUCCAUCAGAAGAAAGCUCAGGAAGCCGCCAGUAAACAGGCCGCCGAGUUUGAAACCAAAUCAGAAUCUGAGAAAGCCGAUGUUGAGGACAGAGAGAAGUCAGAUCAGGAUAAAAUGAGAGGUGAACCUGUGUCAGAUCCUACAGCAGAUGAAGAGAAGAGACCUGUGAAGAACAGACGUGGACAAAGAAAAGAGACGCCUGACGCCUGCAUGGCUUCAUUUUUUGCUGGCCUGGAUGUCUAUCAGACUAAAAUGCUGAAUUAUCUGGCCAGAAACUUUUAUAACCUGCGUUUCCUGGCUCUGUUUGUGGCUUUUGCCAUCAACUUUAUUCUGCUCUUUUACAAGAAGGUGACCGGUGAGGAUUCUGAUGAUUUGGAUCCGUGGUCUCGGCGUGAUGAUGAUGAUGAUGAAGGUGUUGUGGAGUAUUUCGUCCUGCAGGAGAGCAGUGGUUAUAUGGCACCCGCUCUCCGUUGCCUGGCCGUCAUGCACACGCUCAUCUCUUUCCUCUGUGUGCUGGGUUAUUAUUAUCUGAAGGUUCCCUUGGUGGUUUUUAAACGUGAGAAGGAAAUUGCACGUAAGCUGGAGUUUGAUGGACUGUACAUCACUGAACAGCCAUCUGAUGAUGAUAUUAAAGGACAAUGGGACAGAUUGGUCAUCAACACACCAUCUUUCCCCAACAACUACUGGGACAAGUUUGUAAAACGCAAGGUGAUAAAGAAGUAUGGAGAUCUUUAUGGUGCCGAACGGAUCGCUGAACUCUUGGGUUUGGAUAAAAACGCUCUGGACUUUAACCCCACUGAAGACACGGUGGUUAAAGACGCAUCGCUCUUGUCCUGGUUGAGCUCCAUUGAUACAAAAUAUCACAUGUGGAAAAUGGGUGUGGUCUUCACAGAUAAUUCUUUCUUGUAUCUGGUCUGGUACACCACUAUGUCUAUACUGGGACACUAUAAUAAUUUCUUCUUUGCUGCCCAUCUGUUGGACAUCGCCAUGGGCUUUAAAACUCUGAGGACCAUCUUGUCAUCUGUCACACACAACGGCAAACAGCUGGUGCUGACGGUCGGGCUGCUUGCUGUUGUCGUUUAUCUCUACACCGUCGUGGCUUUCAACUUUUUCCGCAAAUUCUACAACAAGAGUUCAGAUGAGGAUGAGCCUGAUAUGAAGUGUGAUGAUAUGAUGACGUGUUACCUGUUUCACAUGUAUGUUGGCGUUCGUGCCGGUGGGGGUAUUGGAGAUGAAAUCGAGGACCCUGCGGGCGACCCGUACGAGCUCUAUCGGAUUCUGUUUGACAUCACUUUCUUCUUCUUUGUGAUUGUAAUUCUGCUGGCUAUUAUUCAAGGUUUGAUCAUCGAUGCCUUUGGAGAGUUGAGAGAUCAACAGGAGCAGGUCAAAGAAGAUAUGGAGACCAAAUGUUUCAUCUGUGGAAUUGGCAAUGAUUAUUUCGACACGACACCACAUGGCUUUGAGACGCACACCCUACAGGAGCACAAUCUCGCUAACUAUCUAUUUUUUUUGAUGUAUCUGAUCAACAAGGACGAGACCGAACACACGGGUCAGGAAUCAUACGUGUGGAAGAUGUAUCAGGAGAGAUGCUGGGAUUUCUUUCCUGCUGGUGAUUCUUUUCGUAAGCAGUAUGAAGAUCAGCUGGGUUAAACUCAAUCCAGACGAACCUUAUCAUGACACAACAACAGACCGACGUUACCUCCAGAAAUACAGUUGUGCCAAACUUUUCAAAUCUCUCCAGACGUUUACUUGUUUUGUUUUUGUUUUAAAAAAUAGUUUUAAUUUCUGGUAAAACAACGUUAGUAGAACAACUGGUUGCCUUUGACCCUGAAACCAUGGCACAAUGUUUUGAUGUGUUUUUAAGAAACUCUGGGUAGCGUGGAGUGAUGGAUCAUCCUCUCUUCCCAAUAUGCACAAGAAAUCUCCUUCAGUAUUUGAAGAGCAUGAUGCCAAAAGCGCAGACGUUCAGGAGACGACUCUACGUUUCUAUUUAGGUUUUCAGAUUUGGUUUUAGUGCUUGCUGAUGUGAGAUGAGAACAUUAUAGCUUGUAAAGGAUUGAUCGGUCUUGCAGUCAAUUGUCUAAUAAAAAUCUUCAUCAAGUGCCUUACGUCCAAAACAUCUGAGCUAUGCAAAGAUCUGCUCUGUUCCUCUCUGAUGUCGUACCGCGGUAAACGUCUCUGGACUCUGAUGGGAAGCGGACGCAGGUGAUUUGUAGCAUCGGCUGAAGUUUGUGGAUUUGCGGGCUGUUGUUGUUGUGUUUGGUUGAAUCUUCUGUCUCAUGGUUUUAAUGACACACAGAAGUUCAAGUUCUCUUGUUUGCCUGUUUGUAUGUAAUAGCUUUGCUGAAUUGUGCAUUUCUUUUGAAGGACAAAUAAAAAAAAGAUGCAAUAAUUCACAUCUAUUAAAGCAAAGGCUCAUUUUUUCAUCUCUAUUGUUGUGGAUGAAUCCAGUGUUCCUUGAUCACACAGGUAUGAGCUGUAUAUUUAACACAUCUGUCUGUUUAUUGUCAUGUGAGGAAGGAAUCACAGCAACAUUGAUGAUUUUAUUCAGUUUUUCACUUCAUUUAACUUUUGCCAUCGUAUGACCUUUAGAGUCUGAAUCAACACACAACUUCAGAGACAUCUGCUGCUUACAGAAAGAGA